CUGCCCACACAUUCAUUCGUUCGUUGAUACAUAGAACAUUUUGAUGGAACGCGCGUUUGUUUGUGUUGUGGUGCGUUGGUUCCAUAUUAUCUCAAGAUCUUAGUCGUUUCUAUUACGUUGCAAUGUUUUCCGAAGGCGCAAGUGUUACUCUGCGCUGCACCUGCUAAAGCGGUGGUUGCGUGAGUUUACGUUAAAACUGCGCAUCAGUUGAGUCGGUCGAGGUCGUUUUCAGUUAAAGGACAGCCAGGCUGUCUGCCUCAGCUACCAAUCACAUGUCGACGGAGGAUCUGUCCACUUCCGACAGCGAGGCUGCCAUCGCGGGAGCCGGGGAGCGCUGGGCGCCGGUGGGAGCCGUGGCCAGCCCGGAGGAUGAGCGGUUGAAGAGGGGCACGCGAGCUGGCUCUGUCUCGUCCAGCGAUCCAGACCUGGUAUCCAGGCUGAGGAAGCUGCAGGAUGAGCAGGAGCAGCUGAACUCGUCGCUCCUCGCGUUAACGUCUCACUUCGCUCAAGUGCAGUUUCGGCUGAAACAGAUCGUCCACGCGCAGAGCGACGAGAAAGAGCGGAUGCUGCUAGAGCUGGAAGAGUUUGCCUUCAAAGGAUGCCCUCAUGUUAUAGGCUGCAGGGCACAGGAUGCUCAGAUUAUGGAAAACUCUAAUGAAAGAGAGAAGAGGGAACGCUUGGAAGCUCAGAGAAACAAGCAGAAGGAGCUGAUUCUCCAGCUGAAGACUCAGCUUGAUGACCUGGAGCGCUUCGCCUACCAGGAGGGCAGCUAUGACUCCCUGCCUCAGUCUGUGGUGAUGGAGAGACAGAGGGUGAUCAUUGAUGAGCUGAUUAAGAAGCUGGAUGUGAAUCUGAAUGAAGACAUUGGGAACCUGACUCCAGAGGAGCUGCGACAGAGAGUGGACACCGCUAUAGCUCAGAUAGUCAACCCGGCUCGAGUCAAAGAGCAGCUGGUGGAGCAGCUCAAGACCCAAAUCAGAGACCUGGAGAUGUUCAUUAACUUCAUACAGGAUGAAGUGGGGAACCCUCUGUUAAAUGAUGGUGUGAAGAGCCAGCAGGCCCAUGCUACCGGACCAAACACUGGAGCCACAGGAGGGAUGAAGCGAGUGGAUCCCGAACAGGCCCAGAGGAUGCGGGAAACCGGGCUUCAGCUGAUCCAGAAAGCCUUAGCGGUGCUCCAGAUCUUUGCACUGAGUCAGUUUGGCUGCGCUGCGGGCCACAUUCCCCAGAACCUGUGGUCUCAGGGUGGCGAGGCUCAAGAUUACGCCCCCUUGCUGCAGAAACUCGAAGGAGCCGUGGAGCACGUACGUCGGGAAGCCUCCUUCCAGCAACCAAACUCUCAGGAGGAACACGUGGUCAGUUACUCUACCUGCCUGUUGCCUGGAGGACAUCGGGAUGAACUCACCUCUUCUGUGCGUAAAGAACUGGCUUUGGCACUCCGGGACCUGCUAGCCCAUGGACUGUAUGCUCCUUCCCAGGGUAUGAGCUUGGUCCUUGCCCCCAUUUCCUGCCUGCUGCCCUUCAGCUCUUCUCCUCAGACUCUGCAUCCCUGGGAACUUUUCAUCAACUACUAUCAUUCCAAAAAUGGCCGGGCAUUUGUAGAAUCGCCCGCUCGGCAGCUCUCUCAAUCCUUCAGUUUACCUGUAGGGGACGGUCCUGUGACGGUCACUCCCAAGCAGUCUCUGUUAUGGGCCAUCCAUACAGUUCUCAAAGAGCAUGCACGAUUCAAGCGUAGCGCGGACUCUGAGUUUAAGGCCUUAGUGUGCAUGGCACUCAAUGAGCAGAGGCUUGUGUCCUGGCUCAACCUGCUGUGUAAGUCUGGGACGCUCAUCCACUCACACUACCAGCCCUGGAGCUACAUGGCCCAAACAGGCUUUGAAGGUGCCCUGCGCAUCCUGGGCCACCUCAGCCAUCUCAAAUUCAGCCUUCCUGUAGACCUGGCUGUCAGGCAGCUUAAAAAUAUCCAAGAUGCUUUCUAAACAGAAUGAAAUUAUGGGCAUUUUGGCAGGUUGAGGAAAAAAGGGAACCCUCCCAAUCCUCAUAAUCCAUAAAUUGGGAUAAAAAAAAAAAACAAUAAUUACAAUAUAAUACUAAUAUAUAGCUUGACACAAAGUUUAAAUCAAAUUAAAAGAUACUCCCAAAUCAACAAGUCCACUGGAAUUAAAAAAUCUGAAAUGAGGAAACUCCUGCACUUUCUAGAGACUCUGUGUUGCUGUUGGGUCUUGUCUCUAAACUGAAGAGGAUGAUGAUGAGCCUUUUCAGGUUUUAAUAUGCUGCACUGGUCACAACUUAAAGGAAAUGUGCUCAGUUUAGUGACCCUGAGCGUGUAACUGCCUCCACAUAACCUUUGAGGGGAUUUUUCCUUUUAAGCUUUUACCAAAAUCAACCACUAUGUAGAAAAAUGAUUUAUUACUUGAAAUAUUUUCAAGGGCCAUUCCUUUUGAUUGAGAUGCACUACUAUAUACCGUAUUUUCCGGACUAUAAGUCGCACUUUUUUUCAUAGUUUGGCUGGUCCUGUGACUUAGAGUCAGGUGCGACUUAUUUAUCAAAAUCAAUUUGACAUGAACCAAGAGAAAACAUCACUGUCUCCAGCGCGAGAGGGCCCUCUAUGCUGCUUAGUGCUCCUGUAGUCUACACUGAAGACAUAGAGCGCCCUCUCGCGGCUGUAGAUGGUAAUGUUUUCUCUUGGUUCUUGGUUCUAAAUAAAUUCGACUUAUAGUCCAGUGCGACUUAUAUAUGUUUUUUCCUCAUCCUGACGUAUUUUUGGACUGAUGCGACUUCUACUCAGGUGCGACUUAUAGUCCGAAAAAUACGGGUAGUUACAAAACAUUGACAUAAUGGUUUACUUGCAUUAUUUGUUAUAAACCUAUGUAGCCAAGUGCACUCAUUUUCUGAGCUUGCUCUACAUUUUUGUACAGCGGUUUACAGACAAAUCAAAAGGUGUUUUUCGUUUAAGAUAUUUAUUAAGGGUCAUUACAUUUCAAACACUGGGAUAUAGUGCAUAUCAUGUCCUGGUCUGUGCUGCUCUGUGCAUUUGUAUCGCUUUCUGAGGAGACCAUGCAUGCUGGUGAGACCUCACUUAGGUUAGUCAACACACUCAGGUCAUUCUGAACAAACAAAGACAUGCUUAUUGGUGUUUGUAAACCACUGGAAAACCACUUCUAUCCUCUAACUCCUUUCCACAGCCAGUUCACACCUUAAAAAUGAUUGUAGAAUACUGUAUCUUGUGUAAGUGCUGCUCAUUCGCUGCUGCUGCAGAAGGAAAUGCACAGCGAGUGAACUGAAUUAAAUUGAGGUCAUUCAGCAUAUUUGCUGAAUAUGAGUUUGAUAUGCUGUGCAUCGGCACUGGCUGAAUUAUUUAUGGCCUGUUAUGCUAUGCCAGCAUUCAGAGACUCUGCUUGAAUACCUGCUGUUUCCGUCUUGUCGAUCCUUGUUUACUGCUCUGAAAUAUUGAAUGUACAAUCCAAGAAACUGUAUCCAUGUUACUGUAUCUGUUCUGAUUCAUUAAACCACCCUGUUGUUUGUUACUACAUCAUGGAAA